AUGGAAGAUGCAGCAUCAGCACCAACUCAAAGAGCAGUACCAAACCAGAAUACAACACCAGCACCAGAAUCCAAUCCCUAUUACCUACAUCCCAAUGAAAGCUCAUCGCUGGUCUUAGUAUCUCCUUCAAUGAAUGGAAAGUACUUCCACACAUGGCAAAGAUCAAUGCGUAUGGCACUCCUAUCCAAGAACAAGCUUGGUUUUGUUAAUGGAACAAUCAAGAAACCAGGUGAUGGCAGUCCUCUAUUUGGUUCAUGGGAAAGGUGUAACACUAUGAUAAUUUCUUGGCUCAAUCGAUCCAUUGCACAAUCAGUGCUUUGGAUGGAGAAAGCAGAUGAUAUAUGGAACAACUUGAAAGACAGGUUUGCUCAAACUGAUAUGUUUAGAAUUUCUGUUCUUCAAGAUGAAAUUUUCAAAUUGCAGCAAGGAUACAAAUGUGUUUCAGAUUACUUCACCCAAUUAAAGAUUUUAUGGGAUGAAUUAGAAAGCUUACAGCCAAUUUUACCAUCUUGCGCAUGUGGAGCAGCAACACAAGUAAAGGAUACUCGGGAAAGGGACUAUCUAGAAAGGCGCCUGAAAAUAGGAGUCCAAGAUUCACAAUCUUUCAUCAAUAUUGCUGAACAAAAAAAUUCUAGAGGACAACUAGACAGAGGACAGACUCGAUAUCAUCCAAAUUUUAAUCAGAACUUCAACCAUGGUUUCAAUCAAGGAAGAGGCCAAGGUUUUAAUCAAGGAAGAGGCCAAGGUUUCAAUCAAGGAAGAGGUCGUGGAAAUAAGUUUUGCACAUAUUGCAAGAGAACAAACCAUACCAUCGAGACAUGCUAUCUCAAGCAUGGAUUUCCACCAGGAUACCAAACCAGAAGACCAUAUGUUGCUGCUGCUGCUGCUACAAACUUUGUUUCACUAGAAUUUGAUGAUAGUGUACACAAUACUGAUCCAGAACCUGAACCAGAAUCUCUGAAUCUUGCCUUUUCAAAAGAACAACAUCAAGAAAUUCUGGAACUUCUACAAAGAUCAAAGCUGCCUCACUCAUCCAAUAUGAUUCAAACCCACUCAUCUGCUUUCAAUAUAGGUAACACAGUAUCAGGUAUAAAAUCAAACCAUUGGAUUCUGGACACUGGAGCUACAGAUCACAUGACAUAUAUUUUCUCUAAUCUUUCAUGUGUCCAAUCCAUAAAUCCCAUACACAUCACACUUCCAAAUGGCACUCAAAUUACCACAACACAAUCAGGCACAGCAAGAAUUUCUGAUUCUUUAGUUCUUAAAAAUGUUCUCUAUAUAUCAACCAACAAGACGAUUGGUUCAGCUAAACAAUUAGAUGGACUCUACAUAUUGAAGACAUAUGAAGGAUCUGUAAAGAAAAGUUUCUGCAAUAAAGUGAACUCCAAUGAUGCAUUGAUAUGGCACCAAAGACUUGGUCAUCCUUCUGAACCAGUCAUGAAGACCAUAAAAAUGUCAACACUACUGAAUCUAGUUUAUUCGCUCAAAAGUGCCAGACUGCCAGCAAUUGAGAAAAAGAUCGACAAGGAUUCAUGGAAGAAAUGGUGA